AUGUUAUCUUCAUCAUCUAUAUUGGAAAAUUCAAAUUUCCAGUUCAAUGGAAUCUCUAAUUCCACCAUUGAAAAUAUAUUAUCGUCCAAUCUGGAUUUUGAUUGUCUAUCAAACUCUAAAUUAUUUCCAAACCUAAUAAAUUCAUCGAAUAAUACAACACAAAUAAAUAAUAAUUGUUUUAUAAACCCUUUUGAAAAUUUUACAAAUCUUUAUUUAAUAAAUCACAAUAAUUCAACAGAAAAUACAAUUGAUAAUCAAUUUAUUGAAAGUUUAAAUUAUUAUAAUCUUAAUCCAAAUUUAAUAUCAAACUUACAAACUUUAAAUAAUAAUAAUAUAAAUAAUAUUAAUACUUCAACUAGUAUCAUUUUACAAAAAGAUCCAUUUAUUCAAUGUAAAUGGAAGAAUUGUAUUGAUCAUUUUGAAUCAUUGUCAGAGUUUUGGAUACAUAUCCGUAAUCAACAUUUAAAACACAUUGACACUUCCAAUGGUAUUAAAUGUGAAUGGGAUAGUUGUGAUCAAAUAGACAAAGAUUUUUAUUCUUUAAUGGGUCAUCUAAAAUUUUGUCAUUUAAUAUCUUAUUAUGAUCAAUGUGCCAAUCUGGAUGAUUCCUUAUAUAAAAGUAAAAAGUUUCUAAGUCAACUAAUUGCUUCUUGGAAAGGUACCGUUGAAUCCGACAAUGAACAAGAAGAAAUCAGUUCCCAAAAGAGAGUUUUGGAGGUGAAUGAUGACGAUGAAGAAUAUCAAAAACCAAUUAAAAAGGUUUGGAAACCAAGAAAGAAAAGAAGAGGUAGUAGUAUCCAAGCCAAUGCACCGUUCCAUUGUAAGUGGUCAUCAUGUAAAUUGGAUUUUCCUAGUCUAAAGGAAUUGGAUGACCACCUUGGAGUUCAUGUCAAACAACAAAAGGAAACAAAGUUUUAUGCUCAAUGUGAAUGGUUUGGCUGUAGUAGAGGAGGUAGACCACUGAAAAGUUCAUACAACUUGGUUCAUCAUAUCCGAUACAAGCACAGUGGUUUGAAACCUCAUGCCUGUGACAUUUGUGAGAGUAGUAGUUUUGUUCAACUCUCUGAUCUAAAUGAACACAAAAGAAAUGUUCACAAAGUAGAUGACGGACAUAUCAAGAAGAAAAGAUUGUCAACAAAACAGAGAUAUAGAAUGGAUGCACACAUUCAAAUUGCUAUCGAAAUAGGUCAACAAGAACCCGAAGAACCAAAUACCAUUCAAGAAGGUCCACCAGACAGAAUUCAAAUUAUAAAUACUAUCAAUAUGCCAAUCGUCGUUAUGAUUAGGAGUACCGCCAGCUAUGACCCAACAACAUCAUUACAGACAACAUCUCAGCGAUCCAAUUUCAAGCCAGCUUCACCAGGUGUAGACAACAAGAAAGAGUUCCAUUUCAUGCAUGGUAUCACCGAUUGUUAUAUAUUUGUAUUUGUUCCAUUGCAAGACAGAUAUGUAUGUAUCAUCAGAAACAGACUUGUCAAGACAGGUCAAGCACUCAAAGUUAAGCGAUCUCACCUAGAGGCAGCAGUGGUAUUGGAAAAAACAAUAUUCGAUCCUUAUUUCAUUGAAAUUAACAAUAAUCUAGAUUUAAAUACUCUUUUAAAUUAA